AUGAAGUCGAACGGAGCGAGCCCAUCAAUCGCCCUUGCUCUUCUCGAGCUCUCCUCGUUCUUCUUCUCUCUCACCGUCUCCGACCCUAGACCCACCGAAGCGGGCCUCUACUGCGAGAACUGCACUGGGAUCGUCGCCCAAAACAUCGUCCCCAACUUUGUGGCAGUCAUGAGGGAGAUCUCUAAGAGCGUCGCCAACCAGCGCUGGGGCAACUACUCCCUCACCUCGCCGCCGCCGGCAGUGUACGGCCUCGCCCAGUGCCACGGCGACUUGACUGAGUCUGACUGUCUCCUCUGCUUUAUCAAGAGCUGGACCUGCCUCCCCAACUUCGGUCGGCUCUACCUCGAUGGCUGCUUCCUCCGUUACGGGAGUUACGACUUCUACAACGAGACCGUCGAUCCGACGUAUGGCAUGCUCAAGUGUAGCUCCAAUUUGACAGUCCCGGCGGAGAGAGUGGCUGAGCUCUCGGAUAGGGUGGACCGUGUCCUGAGGAAUGUCUUGGCAAGCGCAGUGCAGAACAAGGGCUUCACGGUGGCUGGGGAGGACGAAGUUGGAGGAGUCGCCGGGGUAUAUGCUUUGGCACAGUGUUGGAGCGCGCUUGAUGCCGGCGGUUGCAGAUUCUGUUUGGAGAAUGCAACUUCGAUGGCGAGAAGCUGCGCACCUGGAGAAGAAGCGCGGGCCAUGAACGCGGGAUGCUUCCUCCGUUACUCGACCACAAAGUUCUACAACGUCCCCGAUAGCGGAGGGUCAUCUAGGGUCCACAUACCCAUAGCAAUAACCUCAUCGGUUGCUGCAACGACUGCGCUUGUUCUCAUUGGUGCAUACAUUGGAUACAAGAAGUACUCCAAGAAGAAACAAGGUAAACAAUUCGUUUCAAAUGCCUUAUAUUUCAAGUACGAGACGCUGGAGAAGGCCACCAACUUCUUUGAUGACUUGAGGAAGCUAGGGCAAGGGGGUGGCGGUUCCGUGUACAAAGGGAAUUUACCUGACGGGAAGGUCGUCGCAGUUAAGAGGUCGGUGUUCAACACGCGACAAUGGGUGGAUGACUUCUUCAAUGAGGUGAACCUGAUUAGUGGGAUCCAACACAAGAACCUCCUUAGGCUUUUGGGAUGCAGCAUCGAAGGCCCAGAGAGUCUCCUCGUCUAUGAAUAUCUUCCUAAUGGAAGUCUUGAUCAAGUUCUUUUUGUUAACAAUGCGACCCCUGUCCUAACUUGGGAGGAGAGGCUGCACAUCAUCACAGGAACAGCUGAGGGCCUCGCAUAUCUUCAUGGAGGCUGUGGAGUGAAAAUCAUCCACCGGGACAUAAAAACUAGCAACAUCCUCCUCGACAAAAAUCUCACGGCAAAAAUCUCAGAUUUCAGGCUUGCCCGACGCAUUGCUGUGGAUAAGUCUCAUCUUAGCACAGGAAUUGCCGGCACACUUGGUUACAUGGCGUCUGAAUAUCUUGUGAGGGGACAGCUAACGGAGAAAGCUGAUGUUUAUGCUUUUGGGGUGCUGGUUCUUGAAGUCUUGAGUGGUAGGAAGAAUAGCAUAUACACACGGGGGUCAAGCACGGUAUUACAGUCGGUAUGGAAGCACUGCAAGUCGAAUAAUUUAGCUGCGUGCAUUGAUCCGGCCUUACGAGGUAAAUUCCCUAUCCUAGAGGCAUCAAAUGUGCUCCAAAUCAGCCUUCUAUGCACUCAAGCCUCCAUGGAAUUGCGACCGCCCAUGUCUGGAGUCGUCGAGAUGCUCCUUGACAAAGACUGUGUAGUACCCCAACCGAACCAACCUCCAUUCCUCAACGCUAGCCUGCUGUUCGACAAAUCCAGUAGCAUAAGCUCCUCAUGCACACAUGGCUAUUGA